AUAAAAAAGAUGUUACAUCAUUUAUAGACAAAUUUUAGGCAAAAUAAACGCAAUUUGUGCAUUGUAGCGCCACUUAAAAACCAAUUGAGCAAUAACUAGUUAAUAUGUGCAUGGAAGUUGGCAAUUGCAGCGUAAUUGGAUAAGAAAACGCAGCCAAACGUCAACGUGAACAUCUAGGGCUGCGCAUGUUUUGAGUGGCGCUCGCCGGAAACAUAAACAGACGGACGGACAGAGGAGGCAAACGAUGAGCGAAAGUACUAAUCAGUUUAGUGUCAUUGAUUUUUAAGCAUACAAAAACCAAAAAAAAAAAUUCAAUUCUAAUUAGAAAAUUGCAAGAAACGCAACUAAGACCAAUUUAGAGACGUGCACUUUUGCUUUUGGGUUUGCACAGGGGGGCCAGAGUGGCAGAGCGUUGUGUGUUCCUCCUAAAGCUGCAAUACCUUUUGUUUGUAUCAAAAUUCUCUCUCUUAUUUAAAAAACCAAACACAAAAAAAAAAACAUAAAACGCAAACCAAAUGGCGGCAUACUUGAAUCGUACCAUAUCGCUGGUUACUGGCCAAACGGGCCCCAACGGCAACGAUACGAACUCUUCGGACACGGACACGGUGGACAAUACGCGUCACAACUUAUCCUUGCAAACUUCCGUAUCGACCACAUCGGCCAAUUAUAACGCCAUGGCCGACACUCGUAUGUAUCAAACAAAUGAUAAAUCACCGCUGCAGAUAUUUGUGCGUGCCAAGAAGAAGAUCAACGAUAUCUAUGGUGAAAUUGAGGAAUAUGUGCUGGAGACGACAACAUUUAUCAAUGCUUUGCAUGGAGAUACGCAAAUUGUCGACAAGGAGGAGCGUGAGCUGUUCGAAAGCUAUGUGAACAAGGUGGCAGCCAUACGUGAGGUACUGCAGCGUGAUCAUAUGAAGGUUGCCUUCUUUGGACGCACCUCAAAUGGCAAGAGCUCUGUCAUCAAUGCUAUGUUGCGUGAAAAGAUUUUGCCCAGCGGCAUUGGGCAUACUACAAAUUGCUUCUGUCAGGUGGAGGGCAGCGAUGGCGGCGAAGCUUAUCUCAUGAAAGAGGGCUCCGAUGAGAAGCUCAAUGUGGUGAAUAUCAAGCAGCUGGCGAAUGCCUUGUGCCAGGAGAAGCUUAGCGAGAGCAGUCUGGUGCGCAUCUUUUGGCCACGUGAACGCUGCAGUCUGCUGCGCGAUGAUGUUGUGUUCGUCGACUCACCUGGCGUCGAUGUCUCGGCCAAUUUGGAUGAUUGGAUUGACAAUCAUUGCAUUAAUGCUGAUGUCUUUGUGCUUGUGCUAAAUGCUGAAUCAACUAUGACGCGUGCUGAGAAGCAAUUCUUUCAUACCGUUUCCCAGAAACUAUCCAAACCGAAUAUAUUCAUAUUGAACAAUCGCUGGGAUGCUUCAGCCAAUGAGCCUGAGUUUCAGGAAUCGGAGCUGGCUAAGGUCAAGUCACAGCAUACGGAGCGUUGCAUUGAUUUUCUCACCAAGGAGCUGAAGGUGAGCAAUGAAAAGGAGGCCGCCGAGCGUGUGUUCUUUGUAUCGGCACGCGAAACGCUGCAGGCGCGCAUUGAGGAGUCCAAGGGCAAUCCGCCGCAUCUGGGCGCCAUUGCCGAGGGCUUUCAAAUACGCUACUUUGAGUUCCAGGACUUUGAGCGCAAAUUCGAGGAGUGCAUCUCGCAGAGCGCGGUGAAAACCAAAUUCCAGCAGCAUAGCUCGCGUGGCAAGAGCGUCUCGGGCGACAUGCGCUCCAUGCUGGACAACAUCUAUGAGCGCAUUAGCAUCUUUCGCAAUCUGAAGCAGGAUCAGAAGAAUCUGCUGACCGAACGCAUUCAAGGCACAGAGACACAAAUGAUGCAAGUGACGCGCGAGAUGAAAAUGAAGAUACACAAUAUGGUUGAGGAGGUGGAGGAGAAGGUGUCCAAGGCGCUCAACGAAGAAAUCUGGCGCCUGGGCGUGCUAAUCGAUGAGUUCAAUAUGCCGUUCCAUCCGGAGCGUCUAGUGCUCAACAUUUACAAAAAGGAACUCAAUGCGCAUGUGGAGAGUGGACUGGGCAGCAAUUUGCGUGCACGUCUUUCCAUGGCCCUGGCCAUGAAUGUGGAAUCAGCGCAAACGGAAAUGACGGAUCGCAUGCAUGCGCUUGUGCCCAAUGAGCAGCUGAUGGCCAACAGCGCCAAGCUGGUGAUGCGCACGCAGCCUUUCGAAAUGCUCUACUCGCUGAAUUGUCAAAAUCUAUGCGCCGAUUUCCAAGAGGAUCUCGAGUUCAAGUUCAGCUGGGGCAUUACAGCGAUGAUCCAACGUUUCACCGGCAAGGUGCGUGAGCGCAGUAAAAAGCAACAACCCGCCUUGGUCAAUCGUCAGAGCAGUAUUGGUCACACUGUGGUUACACCAGUGAGCACGCCGGUGGAAACGACGCCAGUGUGUCUGUUGCCCACGCCCGCUGGCAUGGGCGGCAUAACGCCGGAGCAGUUAUCGAUAAUAUCGCGUUUCGCCAUGUCCUCAAUUGGCUCGCAGGGCACUGUGGGCGGGCUCGUCGUCGCCGGCAUUAUGCUGAAAACAAUUGGCUGGCGCGUCUUAGUGGGCAUUGGUGCGCUCUAUGGCUGCAUCUAUUUGUAUGAGCGUCUGUCGUGGACCAAUUCCGCCAAGGAGCGCACGUUCAAGAGUCAGUAUGUGCGACAUGCAACCAAGAAGCUCAAGAUGAUUGUGGACCUUACCUCGGCCAAUUGCAGUCAUCAAGUGCAACAAGAGCUCUCGAGCACAUUUGCGCGUCUUUGCCGCACAGUCGACACCGCCACCACCGACAUGAAUGAGGAGCUUAAAACGCUGGAGGCACAGCUCACUGUGCUGGAGUCCAAUCAGAAGCAGCUCAAGCUUUUGCGCAACAAGGCCAACUAUAUACAGAACGAGUUGGAUAUCUUUGAGCACAACUAUAUAGCUCCUCAAUAAGCUACACUACACACUAUAUAAACUAAACGAUUCAAGACGACACCAGCAACAACAACAACAAACAAAAAAUUACACAACGACUUGGCUCUUUGUCAAAAACUUAAUUAUAGC